AUGACGAUUAACCAGGGUUUGAGGCCGAGACAGGUUUUGAUUCCUCAGUCUAUUAUGGAGAGAAGAUCUUUGGGGCAAGUGAGGAGGGAAGAGACCACGAGAAGUCCACCCAUGGUUUCUCGGAGCAGCCAUGGGGAUGAUAGUGAUGAUGCCUGCCAAGUUCAGCAUAGAUUACCCACCAUAGUUUUCUCAACAGGAGGAUACAUGGGCAAUGUUUACCAAGAAUUCAAUGAUAAUUUGCUGCCUCUGUACAUAACAUCCCAGCAUCUCCAUGGACAAGUGUUGCUUGUUAUUCUUGAAUACCAUUCUUGUGGGAAACCAGAGCUCAUGAAAGAUGGAAAAAGCAUUAAAGAUUUCAGGGAGCUUGUGAGAAAGGCCUAUGCUCCUAUAUUGAGUUCCAUGCCUCAAACACAGAGCAUAACCAAAGAACAAUCAUUUCCCUCAAGGGAUUCUAAGCUUUUUUCACAGCUAGGAAAGCCCAAAUUGGUAAUUAUAUCAAGGGAGAAGUCAAGGAAAAUGAUGAAGCAGAAGGCAAUUGUUAAAUUGGCAAAGAAAAUUGGGUUCGAGGUAGAAAUAUUGACUCCCAAAAGAAACACACAGAUGGUAGAAAUGUUUCGAGCCUUAAAUUCAUGUGAUGUUAUGGUGGGAGUUCAUGGUGAAUAA